AUGUCCACCAUACAAGUUGUCUCCACCGCCAAUGCCCCGGCACCCGUAUCGAACUUUUCCCAAGCACGGAUUUGGAAUGGCAUGGUGUUUUGUUCAGGCGAUAUAGGACUCGAUCCGAAAAGCGGUCAACUGGUGGAGGGCACGACAACAGAUCGGACAAUACAGGCCAUUCGAAAUCUGUCCUCGGUCCUCGAGGCUGCAGGAUCCUCGCUGAAGCAUGUGAUCAAGGUCAACGUGUACCUUACCACAAUGGACAAUUUUGCCGCGAUGAACCAGGGCUAUGUGCAAGGCUUUGAACAGCCAUUCCCAUCUCGAACUUGUGUCAAUGUAGUAGCACUGCCCAUGGGCGCAGAUGUCGAGGUUGAAUGCAUCGCGGCGCUGGCAUAA